CACGAGACGCUGUAUCUCUCACUCCGACGACAGCGGCGGAGCCUUCGGCGUGUUAGCAGGCCUUGAGAGGAGUAGUCCAGGAGAACUUAGGACUGUAAAGAAUGCCUCGUGUGUAUAUUGGACGAUUGAGUUAUCAUGUCCGCGAGAAGGACAUCCAGCGGUUUUUCAGCGGAUAUGGGAAGCUCAUGGAGAUCGAUCUAAAAAACGGCUAUGGAUUCGUGGAGUUUGAGGAUAACAGAGACGCCGAUGACGCCGUGUACGAGUUGAAUGGGAAGGACCUGUGCGGAGAGCGGGUGAUAGUCGAACAUGCCCGGGGACCACGGCGAGACCGAGAUGGCUACGGUGGGGGUUACUGGGGUGGUGGGCGCAGUAGUGGAUACAGCAGCCGGAGCCGCUCUGGCAGAGAUAAGUAUGGACCCCCAGUCCGUACAGAGUACCGCCUCAUAGUGGAGAACUUGUCCAGCCGCUGCAGCUGGCAGGAUCUGAAGGACUUCAUGCGUCAGGCAGGAGAGGUGACCUAUGCAGAUGCUCACAAGGAGCGCACCAAUGAGGGAGUUAUUGAGUUCCGGAGUCACUCUGACAUGAAGAGGGCCCUUGACAAGCUGGACGGCACAGACAUCAAUGGGAGGAAGAUUCGUCUGGUGGAGGAUCGCCCACGCAGACGGAGAUCCUACUCUGGCAGCCGCUCUAGAUCUCGUAGUCGUCGCCGCUCCCGCAGCCGGAGCCGUAGAAGCCACAGAAGCAGGAGCUCCAGGAGCCGCUCCAGAUCCCACUCCAGGUCUCGUUCCCGUAGCAACAAGAGACGUCAUCGUUCCCGCUCCAGGUCUGGAAGAAAGUCCCGCUCCAAGUCAGGAGGAAGCAAGUCCCGUUCUCGCAACCGCAGAUCCCGCUCUCAAUCUCACAAAUCCAAAUCUCGUUCACGUUCUCGCAAGUCCAGGUCCCGUUCAGCUGAGCGUAAAUCUAAGUCCCGCUCAAAGAGCCGCUCUAAGGUGAAGUCAGAGCGAGACUCCCGUAGCCGAUCAAAAGAGAUGUCUGGUGAAAAGAAGUCUCGCAGCCGCUCAGCCUCUCCAGUGGAGAACGGGAAAGAAGAACGUGCCGUUAAGUCUGCGUCUCGCUCCCCGUCCCCACAGGACGACGAACGCAGGUCAAAGUCGAGGGAGAAGCGCUCUGCCUCUCGCUCAAAGUCCCGUUCCCGGUCUCGUUCACGAUCUAGAUCAGCUUCUCAGGAUUAGUGGAAUGACAAUGGAGAUUGUCUCGUUUUGCUUUAUUCUUAUGCUGUACAUAACAAGCAGUGUCGUAAUGCUUCCUGAUUUGUCUACUUUUCUCUUUCAAGGGGGCACUUGUCUUAAAUGUUUUAGGUGCAGUUUUAUUGAAGAUGCCAACACCGACAGGGCUACUUUCAAACACGCAGUCAAAUUUGAAGCACCAUAGCAUGGCAACACAUUGGCCUUUUGUUUCCCUGCACCCCACACUCAUUAGUCUCAAAAGAUGAAGUGUUCAACUUCAGAUUUUUCAUAGCAGCCUGUGUAAUGCUUUCAGUCUUGCUUUUUUUUAAACAUCUCUUUGCAGGGAUAAUUGGAUUCAGGUGGUCUUUAAAGUUUCAACUAAAUUACUUUGUCGUCUCAUUUUGUGACAACUUUUUGCUGCUGGCAGUUGGCAACUUGACAUACUGAUGUCUAGAAGUGUCUCAGACAUUGUUUUGUACAAAAUUCUUUUUCAGCGAUCAAACAUGGACAGUUGUGGAUAAGAUGUUUCAUAUAGAAUUGGAGUAGUUCAGCCUUCUACAGUCCUGAUAACUGCUUUCGUACGGUGUUGCUCAGUCUGGGUGUGUUCUUGAAAGAUUCUUGAACAACUGGGACAGCAGCGUGCAUUGCUUAACUGUAAAUUUACAAGAAAUGACAAGGGUUUGUAGUUCUGAUAUGAACAAUUUACAAGGGUGGGUGGAUGCUCACAAUCCCUUUUUAAACUUCUUGUAUAUGGAGUGUGUGAUCAGCAUUGAGGUUUUUUCUGAAAGUUGGAUGGUUUUGAAAAUUUCUAUUUUGGAUUUCAGUUGUUACAGCUUCACAAUCCCAUAAGAAUCUAAUAUUUUUCUUGCGUAUAUUGCUUAGUUGUAAUGGCAGAAAUUAUGUAUUUCAUAACUGCUUUUUAUAAAUGUUUCUGGGAUUAAGGCAUUUGUCAGGCCUCAUUUGAAGGUGCAGCUACUGCAGGAGCUUUUUUGUACUCCAAAGGGUACAUUCAUUCACAUCUGGAGGGUUUUCUUGUGGGGUUGUUUAAAAAAUAAAAAAAAAAGAAUUGAAUUUGGCACCCCUCACUUCAUCUUGUGGAGUAGAUGUUUUUUUUCCCCCCUCCCAUGCAUACAGAUCCUGUUUGAUCUAACAUUUUUUUUAAUGUAUGUUCAAAUUAAAGAUCUUAAAG